AUGUUUUAUUUUCCUUUUCGCCUAGUUCCGUGCACGUCCAUCCCCUCCACCGACAUGCUCACGUCUGUCGUCGCUCGCUACGCCGACUCCCAACUUGCCACGUAUGUAAGACUCCAUGCACGCGUCGUCACAUGUGUCCUGGCGCUAUCCGGUGUCACUAUCGUCCUCUCCCGUACCGAACCGUGGAAGCUCUGCCUGCUCGCAGUCGCAGGCCUGAUUUUGCUCCCGGUUAUGCUCCAACACAGCUUCAUGGUCCACGAACAGGGCAAAUCCAGCACAGAUUGCGUUGUGGAAUUCAAUGUCGAACAAUUGACAAAGGCCAAGAAAGACAAACAGGUCCAACCUGUCAUGAUGGACCAAAUUGUCCUCACCAACAACCAAUCCGCGCUUCCGACCCUCGAUCCGGCCUACACUGUCUCAUUUCCUCUUCCUUGCAUCCCUAUGAACGCCACGGACGGACGCAAGGGUCUCAUGCCGAAGAGUGUGCUGCAGAUCCGUGAAGAAAUGUUCGCCAAAGCCAUGGGGUCCCUCCGCUCGCUCUCGCCUCGCAACCAGCCCGUUGUGCACCAUUUGGACUUGAUCAAGUAUGCGGAAGAAAUCGACGAACUCGAAUCCCACGUGCUUUAAACGAGUAGGCUUGAAAGUCGGUCUUGUAUAGUAUGAACAGAUCGUAAGCGUUAAAACUACUCUGGUACCAUUGUUCUUCAUUCCCA